CAAAAAACUGUUUGCGAGACUAGCACGCGAGAAAUCAUUUUCCGAGAUGGAACAUUCACCUAGCGAGUAUAUACGAUGUUUAGAAUUUUUUUCUGGGAUAGGCGGUUUGCAUUAUGCUUUCAUUCUAUCCGAAACUAAAGGAGAAGUUGUUGCAAGUUUUGAUAUAAAUAUUAUUGCAAAUUCCGUAUAUAAACAUAAUUUUGGGAAAGAUCCUAUUACUAAAGCAAUAGAUUCUUUGGUUAUUAAAGAUAUUGAGAAAUACAAAGCUAAUUGUUGGUUAAUGAGUCCACCAUGUCAACCUUAUACAAGAGGGGGAAGAUAUUUAGAUGAUAAAGAUCAAAGAGCAAAGGGAUUACUACAUUUAAUAGAUAUUUUGCCUAAAUUAUCAGAUCCUCCUAAUUAUGUCUUUCUUGAGAAUGUUUUGAAUUUCGAGAAAUCAAAAUGUCGAGAAAAAUUAGUUACUCAACUGUGUUUAAUGAAUUAUGAAAUAACAGAAUGCUUAUUAACUCCAUUACAAUUCGGAAUUCCUAACGAUAGGUUGAGAUAUUAUUUAUUGGCAAAAAAACGAUCUGAUUUAAAGGAUUUGAUUGUACCUCAUGAAUUUUUGGAGAAUGCUGUAAUUCAUUUAACUUGGCCGUUACCAAAUAUGCUAAAGAAAAAUUAUCAACAAGAAGAUUAUUCUAAUAUAUUUAAUAUUCCUCCAUUGAGCUCAUAUUUAGAAGAAUUAGAAGAAGAAGGGAUUAAAAAGCAUUUGUCAUAUGGUAGCCAUCAUAUAUAUUCCAGCGGAAGCUUGAUUCAAACAAAAAAUUUGGAGUUUACAAAUUAUAAUUUUGAAAAUCCAUCAUCUUUAUUAGAUAUUGAGUUGAGAUAUUUUACACCUGAAGAGGUUGCAAAUUUACAUGCGUUUCCUAUUAAAUUACAACAUUUUAAAGUGGUAACUUUUUUUGAAAAUCCAUUAAAUGAAGCAACUUAUCAUGAAACAUCAAUUCCAAAAUCAUAUAAUUUUUCGAAAAAUAAUUAUAAAGGAUCAUCUUUUGAAUUUCCUGAGAAUAUUAGUACGCUGCAAAAAUAUAAACUGUUGGGAAAUUCUUUGAAUUGUUUUGUUAUAUCAGAAUUAUUAAGAUGUAUACUAUUUUUAUCAUAA